UUAUUUUAAUGCCAGUUAUUGCCGUAGCAGCAAGUGCGAAGUUGAUAAUGGAAUUCUUAGAGUGUUCUUACGAUAAAAAGGAGCGUGUGUGGAGCGGCGCAAAUCCGCCUUCAUUUUACGAUUUCAAUUGCUCCGCGGGAAAUAUUAUUUACAGAAAUUUGAAGAAUUUCCCAAGCAAAGUUUGUCAGGUUUCAGAUAUUGAUGGCCGCGAAUUAACCAAUCGAGAAUUGUUAACUUGGUCAACGCGUCUGGCCCUGUAUUUCAAGAAAAUCGGCUUACGGCAUAACGAUGUGAUUGGUAUUGUGGCGAAGAACAGCACCUAUACAAGCGCGGUGGCGGUUGGCUGCUUUAUGAACUGUACACCCUUCCAUGCAGUGAAUUCGGUUUUGGACAAAGAUACAAUUCAACAGAUCUUCAAAGUUACAGCACCGAAAAUAAUAUUUUGCGACGGUGAAGUUUACGAGAAAAUUCACGAAGCCACUCGGUCUCUGAAGCCAUUAUUCUAUACGUUGACCAACCAUACCGAAGGUGUAGCCAAAGUUGAAGACUUAUUGGAUCCCAUACCAAAUGAAAAUCUGUAUAAACCUGAGCCCUUGGUAUUGGGUGGUGAGCAGACAGUAGCGAUACUUUGUUCGUCGGGCACAACGGGUGUGCCCAAAUGUGUGUGCAUGUCGAAUUAUAUACUGAAUUGUGAGCAGAUAUUUGUAAACAGCGAAGAUAUCAUCUUCACGAACAGCUGCUUGGAUUGGAUGACUGGUUUAUACUUCACUUUCCUCUCUGCGAGUACAAGUUGUAAACGUGUAAUCACCAAUAAGCCCUUCACACCCGAAUACAUGACCGCGCUGGUGAAAAAGUACAAAAUUUCUUUCAUAUCAGCUGCCCCACGUCAUGUCUCCGCUUUGAUCGCCUGCCCAGCAGCUACUACAGAUAACUUCAGUUCCAUCCGCUCUUGCCUGGUUGGCGGAGGCUGCAUUAGUCUUACAACCUUACAAAAACUAAAAGGUUUAUUUAAGAACGGUAAAUUAAUUUUUGGUUACGGUAUGACAGAAACUAGCCACAUGGCGAUGAACCCUGACGACCAAUAUCCCACCAGUGUAGGAAAGCUCUUUUUCGGCGUUAAGAUGCGUAUUGUUGAUGAAGCGGGUAACAAUUUGCCACCAAAUGAAGUUGGUGAGGUAUAUAUAAACACUGGACAUGUCUGGAACGGAUACUACGGUAACCCAAUAGAGACGAAACGUUACCGAGAUUCGGAUGGUUGGUUCCAUACUGGGGAUAUGGGAUACUUUGAUGAAAAUAAUAUGUUGUAUAUAGUCGACCGUAAAAAGGACAUUAUUAAAUAUCAGGGUAUGCAAUACUGGCCAAGUGAGAUCGAGCAGGUGAUCAGUGAGCUGCCUGAAGUGGAGGAAGUAUGCGUAGUGGGUGUAUAUGACGAAAGGCACGGGGAUGCGGCUGGGGCGGUCGUGGUGCUUCGUCAAAGUGCCAAGCUUACGAAGGAGCAGGUGAAGGAUCAUGUGAGAAGACGUUUACCAUUGGAUCAUAAGCAACUGCAUGCUGGUGUGAUUUUCGUCGAUCGGCUGCCCCAGAAUGCUAAUGGCAAGACAUUAAAAAAGGAUGCGCAGGCCUUAUUCAAGAAUAAAUAACAUUGUUACUUAAGGAAAUAGUUAAUUUAAGUGAUAUACAUAUGUAAAAUGAACAAAUAUAUAAGUGCUAACACGUUCUA